AUGACGAAGCGUACGCCGAACCAAGCGAGCGCCAUGUCCUCAGAGUUUCCCCUGAACUAUCAGUGGACGACGACACCGAUUCCAGCGUCGGCUCCCCACCCCGCCUCGAUGCAUGCCGCCGCCGUCGCCGCUCCUGGACCUGCGUCCGAGACUGCGUUUGCCAUGCGAACGAGAAGCCUCUUCGGAGCCGACGUGGACGGUCGUGUGCCGACGGACAACCGCCCCUGUGGCAGCUGUCUCGCCAGGCUCCCGCCAAGCGAGCCCCAGCAAGCUCCCGGCCGAAGCGGCCACGCCGUUGCCUGCAAACCCGAGGCCUUCACCAAGCCUUUCUGCGACUUUCUGCAGGAGAACCCGACCGUGUUCCAUACGGUCGAUUACUUCAAACGAAUGUUGAACCAGUGUGGCUUCCACGAGCUUCCUGCCCGUGACUCCUGGUCGGGCAGGAUCCAUGCCGGUGGCAAGUACUGGGUCACGCGCAACGGCAGCUCCCUCAUCGCGUUCACCGUCGGCAAAGCCUACAAGCCCGGCAGCGGUGUGGGGAUGAUUGGAGGCCACAUCGACGCCCUGACGGCGCACCUCAAGCCCAUCAGCACCAAGCCCACCAAGGCCGGCUACCUCCAGCUCGGCGUCGCUCCCUACGCCGGCGGCUUGAACCAGACUUGGUGGGACCGCGACCUGAGCAUCGGCGGCCGCGUCGUCCUCCGCGAUGCCGACUCCGGCAAGACCACGACGAGGCUCGUCAAGGUCGAUUGGCCCAUUGCCAAGAUUCCCACGCUCGCGCCCCAUUUCGGCCUCGGCAUGUUCGGCCAGAACAACAAGGAGACGCAGGCGGUGCCCGUCAUCGGCCUCGAGAGCGCCUCCGACGACGAGGUCCUCGGCCCCGUCGGCUCCUUCGUCAACACCCAGCCCCCGCGACUCGUCAAGCUCAUCUCCCGCCAGCUCGGCAUCAGCGAAUACAGCUCCAUAGUCAACUGGGAGCUUGAGCUGUACGACAGCCAGCCCGCUCAGACGUGCGGCAUCGACAGGGAGUUCAUCACCGCCGGCCGCAUCGACGACAAGCUCUGCUCCUGGUCCGCCAUGAUGGGCCUCCUCACCGCCAACCACGAUGGCCCUUCCGACAGCUACAUCAAGCUCGUCGCCCUCUUCGACGACGAGGAGAUUGGCUCCCUCGUCCGUCAGGGCGCCCGGAGCAAUUUCCUACCUCUCGUCGUCGAGCGCGCCGUCGAGGCCCUCAACCCGUCCACCUUUGGCCCUGGCCUCGUCGGCCAGACGUACGCCCGCUCAUUCCUGCUCAGCGCCGACGUCACCCACGCCGGCAACCCCAACUUUCUCGAGAGCUACCUCGAUCAGCACGUGCCCAAGCUCAACGUGGGCAUCGCCAUCUGCAGCGACUCCAACGGCCACAUGACGACCGAUGCCGUCUCCACCGCCAUCCUCCGACGCGUCGCCGACCUGUGCGGCGCCCGCACCCAGGACUUCCAGAUCCGCAACGACUCUCGCAGCGGCGGAACCAUCGGCCCCACCCUAUCCAGCCUCAUGGGCGUCAGGGCCGCCGACGCCGGCCUGCCCCAGCUGAGCAUGCAUUCCGUUCGUGCCACGACGGGUGCCCUGGAUCCCGGCCUCGGCGUCCACUUCUUCAAGGGCUUCCUGGACUUUUGGGAGCAAGUUGACGGCGAGUGGGAGCACUAG